AGCAAGCAGUUUUUAGCUCGAAAGGUCUGGGUCAAUUUAUAUAUCGAAACGGCAAUUCGGUUGUUAAAAGUCUGGUCACAAAAGUCACAUCUACUUCACUCUUCAGACGAACAAUUAACUUAUAUCGAAUGCGCUCUGGUGUGUUUCGUCAAGUAUGCAAAAGAUGAAGUGAGAAAAGGAAUGAAAUGGUUAGCUGAAGAAUGGUUAUUGAAUGGAACUCAGUAUCAUUUGAAAUCGAGCGAUACAAGACGUAAAAUUCGUGGUUUGUUCAUUACAGAAAAGCUCACGGAAUGGUUAUCCUUCGGUCAUGAUUUAAAAUUUGACAUCACACCUGAAAUGGGACAAGAAUUGGUCGAUCUGCGAGCGAUUGUUGAUGAAGAUCAGUUGGAAGUGUUAUCUAAAUCAGCUGAAGCAAACAACGAAGCCAUGAAAAACAACAAUUUGAACAAUGAGAAAAAUGAAAAUUCUUUAGAGAAAUUGUCGAGGAAUUUGGAAAAACUGAGCACAAAAGGAGCACCACCAUCGCAGUUAGAUAGUGAUGACGAUGAUGAUUUUCCAUCAUAUCAAAUCCCUGAACAAGAGUUGAAUCUCAGUGAAAAAAAACCGUCAGGUGAUGAAGACGAUGAGACAUUCGAGAAGCCUGAACCAGCACCUUAUUACAUUCGAGAUUGCAUGGAUGCACUGGGCGCAAAUGAGAAUUGUGCUAAAUUUGAAGCAGCCUUUGGAGUUCUUAAUCAGUUCAUAAGGAAACGGGCGUUAGGUUACGACGAUAUUGCAGAGGAACUUGUGACCAAAAUGGUUUUCUUAGAAGAUCGAUUCAGUACGGUGAAAUUUGAGGAGCGAAAGUUCGAAAUAAUCGUUUCGUGCUUAGUGAUGAGUCCUCAUCUAGCGCCAAUGUUAAUCGAUCUCAUGUAUUCAAGAAGGUCUCCGAUGUGUUAUCGUUAUUUGAUACUGAAUUGUCUGGCUGAAUCAGCCACCCAGCUCUCAACGCUGGAUACUGCAUCCGCUAAGAUUCAAUAUCUCGAAGGUCUUCUCAAGGAAAAUCAGUCUAUUUGCACGACAAAGCAAAAAUUUCCAGCUGCACCAUCGAGCGAUUGGCGUGGUGUCAUUGAGGAACGACUCGAGAAGAAGACUCGUCGAUUCACUAGCCAGAAGGCUUCGUCGUCCACGUCAACACCCCAAAAGAAUCGUUUCGGAGAACAUGCUGUUGGAUUUCUUAGGCCUCUGCUCGCAAUCAACCAAUACAGAGAACACCUGGAUCUUAGGAAAGAGGAUAGCAGUCUGUUGGCCAAAAUACUCACUACGGCUGCUCAUCUCAUGCAAUGUGCACGAAAUUGCCUCAAUGCUCCAAGAUUAGCGAUGUGGCUUGAAGUUUGCGUGAGAGAACUGAUCUCGCAUGAGGAUGCAAGUGUUCGAUUAGCUGUUCUACUUUGCUACGAUGCUAUCUGUCGCGCUUUACCGGAUGAUGUUUUCUUCACGCUUUUUACCGGAUCAGUAAACGAAUGGUUGGCUUACACAGUCUACGUGAUCGAAAACGAUCCAUCAGGAAUGUGUCGUGAAAUGGCUGUCACUCUCCAGUAUACAAUCUGUUCAAAAGCACCUCAAAAUUCAAUCUGA